AUGAUGUUCAAGUCCCUUGCCGCCGUGUCGGCACUGUCACUCUUUGCAUCAUCUGCUGUGGCCGUUGAUGCCAGUCUGAAGAAUAAUGUUGCUGUCUACUAUGGACAAGGUUACAACCAACCCCGGCUCAAGCAUUUCUGUGAACAGACAACGUCGGACAUUAUCAACAUUGGAUUUAUCGACAAGUUCCCCAAACAUGUGGGCGACUUCCCUGGUUCCAACUUUGCCAAUCAGUGUGACGGAGCCUUCUUCCCCGGUACGGAGCUGCUAAGUGGCUGCCACCAGAUCUGGCAAGAUAUCCCUAUUUGCAAGGCUGCUGGCAAGACAAUCCUGCUAUCCAUCGGUGGUGGCACUGCCACAGCCCAGUCUAUCCCGGACGAGGCCACCGCAGUCUGGUUCGCGGAUUUCCUGUGGUACUCCUUCGGUCCUUACAACUCAGCAGUCUCUUCAUUGGGGUGGGAAGAGAAACUGGCUGGCCUGGCCUUCCCUCGCCCAUUCCUCACUUCCUCUGUUGAUGGGUUUGACUUUGAUAUCGAGUACAACGGCGGAGUUGGCUACGCCGCCAUGAUUAAUCGUCUGCGCUGGCACUUCAGCAAGAGCCCCGAGCAGACCUACUACAUCUCCGGUGCUCCCCAGUGCCCUAUUCCCGAUGCCCAGCUCGGCAACGCUAUUGCCAACUCGCACUUCGAUUUCAUCUGGGUUCAGUGGUACAACACCGGGGGUUGCUCUGCUGCGGACUGGGUCCACGGCACAGGCAAGUUCAACUUCGAUGACUGGGUCGGUGUCAUCGAGAAGAGCGCCAAUCCCAACGCUAAGCUCUUCAUCGGUCUUCCCGCAUCCGAGGAUGCUGCCAAUGCUGGAUUCUACUUGACCCCUAAGGAGGUGAAGCCCCUUGUCAAAACUUACAUGAACAAGCACCCCAAGCACUUCGGUGGUGUCAUGCUCUGGGAGGCUACCGCUGGUGACAACAAUCUCAUCGACGGAUCAACAUACACCGAGCACAUUAAGGAUAUCCUGUACGAUUGCGCUCCUCCUCCCCCUCCCCCGUCUUCGUCUGUCACCCCGAUCCAAUCCUCGACUGCCACUCCCGUUUCGUCUUCCACUGUUCCCCCGUCUAGCUCGGCUACAACUUCGGUCACCUCGGUUUCUUCCAGCUCGGUUGCUUCCUCUAGCUCCGUGGCUUCCUCUAGCUCCGUGGCUUCCUCCAGCUCCAUGGCUUCCUCUAGCUCCGUGGCUUCCUCCAGCUCCGUGGCUUCUUCCAGCUCCCUGGCUUCUUCCAGCUCCGUGGCCUCUUCCAGCGCGCAUGUUACCUCUGGCCAGUCUUCCACUUCAAGCGUUUCUAGCAUCUCUGUGACUCCUGGCUCUUCGUCUCCUUCGGGACAUCCCACUCCUCACCCCUCCGCCACUGGAAAGCCCACCCACAGCUCGCACUCGCACCCUGGUCACAGCCAUGGACAUGGGUCCCACACGCACACCCAUACCCGUACCCACACUGUUCCAAGCUCUACUCCCCUGGUCUCCAGCCACCCCUCCAGCACUGUUCCUGUCUCUUCUGCGACCGAGUCUGGCUCCUCUUCCAUUAGCGACAGUGUCAUCCCGACCGGUGGCCCGUCUACCAGCGACGAGAGUACUGGGGGUUCCAAGCCUACUGGCGACAGCACUACCGGGGGCUCUAAGCCUACUGGUGACAACACUACCGGAGGCUCUAAGCCUACUGGCGACAACACUACCGGAGGCUCUAAGCCUACUGGCGACAACACUACCGGAGGCUCCAAGCCCACCGGCAGCGACUCCACCACAACCCCGGCUGGUAUCACUGCCACUCCCUCCGUGACUGCCUCGCCUUCCUCUUUGGCUCCGGGUACCACCACAACUAUCAUUGUGACCUCCUACAUUGAUAUUUGCCCAACUGGUUUCACCACCAUCACCACCACUAUUACCAAGACCUACUGCCCUGGUGACUCCACUGCUACUGCCACCCCAACUGGCACCGCUGAGAUCACUGCUCCUACUUCUGGCCCUGCCACUUCCACAGCCUCCAUUCCUGAAGGCUGGACUACUACCGUGACUGUCUGCACUCAGUGCGCCGCUACCCCGACUACCGUGACCCUAACCAAGCCCGCUGCCACUACUACCACUGAGGUUGUGUCGCAGCCCACCGGCCCUUCGGUGCCCGAGGGAUACACCACCACUGUGACUGUCUGCAACCACUGUGGUCCUACUGGUAGCACCAUCACCCUGACCAUCCCGGUUCCCACUGCUACUGCCGCUAUCCCCGGUGCUGGCUCUGGCUCUGGCUCUUCUGGAAACGGUGAGGGCUCGGGUUCCGGUUCCAACCCUGGCUCUGGCUCCACCGGUGAAGUUACAGUGCCUGGCGUCGGCCCCGUGGUGCCAUCUCCUUCCUCCAAGCCCAUCCCCAGCAAUGGAGCCGGAGGAUUCCACGCCGGUAGACCGUCGUCCAGCAUAGUCUUCCACCCCUCGCCCUCACGCACUGCCGUGCCCACCGCCGCGACCACCGCGACGAACACACCCGCAGCGCCCAGCAGCAACCCAGAGGGCGUCUCCCCGGUCUACACUGGUGCUGCCUCGCGUUCCAACGUGACCGGCUUGUUCGGUGGCGUCCUCGCCGUCGCUCUUUCCAUGUUCAUGAUGCUGUAA